UCCUCCAAACGCGAGUUGACAAUCCGCCAUGGAAGGAGAUGAGUUACAGCCUUUGGUGUCGCCGUUGAUACCGGAGGUCGGCAGCCAGCUGCCGCAGCUCUUCCCAUUCAUUCCGCCGUCUUUGCAACCGGCGAUGACGACGAACUCUGCUCAUGAGUUGAUUGGGUCGGAUAUGGAUUGGGCAGUGCAGCUGCUUUUGGGUUGGGUGGAUCCGAACCAGCUGGCGCUGAUAUUUAAGGAUCAUAUCUGCAGUGAAAACGGAAAUAAUAAUGAUGAAGGGAAGAAGCAGCAAGCAGCCAGUUGUAAGAGUAAAAGGAAAUAUCCGUCGAGAGUUGCGUUCCAUACAAGGAGCAGUGAGGAUAUUCUGGAUGAUGGCUACAAAUGGAGAAAAUAUGGGCAAAAAAUUGUGAAAAACAGUUCCCAUCCCAGGAGUUAUUAUAGGUGCACAAAUCACACAUGCAAUGUGAAGAAACAAAUCCAGCGGCUGUCGAAGGAUAGGAGCAUCGUGGUUACUACUUACGAAGGCAUCCACAAUCAUCCUUGUGAGCAACUUAUGCACACAUUGACUCCUCUUCUCAAACAACUUAACUUGCUUUCCGCCCAACAUCUUCUCAUCCCUCCUCACCUAGCUAGCUAACAUAUUUUACAUUACGUGUCUGAAUUAAUUAGUUCAAGACACAUUUCUCAAACUGGUUACAAACAUGUAUACGUAUUAAAAUGACAAACUUAAUUACUUAAAUUAGACUUCUUUGCAUAUACGUAGAGGUAAAUGUACUAAUGGUAUCAAGUGAUUCGUGAUUAUUGAUAGUGGUCCAAUUGGGUACAUCAACUAUUGAAUGAAGUAGGAGAGUUUACUAGCUACUAGCUACCCG